AUGAUGUAUGAUAGAUUAGGGUUUAUGUUGGUUGGUUGUUUGGAUGUUUUAGGUGUUGAUUUUGAGUUAUCAAUGGCACGUAAUGUAUCAUACAUGCUUAAUUUGUAUCAUACAAGUAAGUAUGUGAUAGAGAACGGUAGCAUCAACACUUUUUCGAAUAUGCCGGAUGAUGGUUUCUUUGUCGAAGAAAGGUUGUCAUAUGAGGGAUUGAUUAGUAAGAUUUGUAUGACCCUUGGUUGGGAUCCAGCACACGUGAAACUCCACCUUUCUUUGAUUUUCGAUAGUCCCGGUGGUAGGCGUGUAGUGAAGAUCAAGAAUGAUUCGCAUGUAGAGUUCAUGAACCGUGUAGAUCCAAUGUCAUGUUUGGAUUUAUACAUAGAUUUGGAAGAUAUCACUCAAGAAGAAAGAGAAGCAAGUUUGGAAAACGUGUCAUUUGGUGAUUUUCGAAGGGGGGAACGUGUUAGUACUUCUCGAAACCGUGAUGAAGAGGAGACACCUUUAUUUGCACAAAAUAACUACCGGGAAGAGUCGGAUUCCGACUACAUAGCUCCAAGUGACGAAGAAGACUGUGAUGUCUCCGGAGAGAGUGAUUUUGAAGAAAGUGAUGAUAAAAGGUUGGAAAAUGAGGAAAGGGAUUGUAAUCUAUUCGCCCGACGCCAUGUAUAUAGUAAGAUGGGGAACUGGGAUGCCUCAUGUGUAGACAAGGAUGAGUUUGCUCUUAAGAUGUGGGAUGAGACGCCCGAAGGAAUGGACAUUGGUGUUUGUUUCAAAUCUCAAUCAGAAGCAAAGCAUGCUGUGAAAUUAUGGAAUAUCCAUCAUAAAAGGGAAUAUACGGUCGCCGCGAGUAGUCCAAGGACGUGGGCUAUGCGGUGCAGAACAUUUAAUGUGGAAAGUGAGGAUGGUGAACCACUAUGUGAGUGGAAGAUGCGUGUGUCAUUGAAAGCUCACGGCCUUCAUGAAAUUGUGAGAUGGCAUGAUGCACAUAAUUGCAUGACUCCUGUGAAUGAUAAUGACAAUCGGUGUGUGGACGCGUCUUUGAUUGCUAGACUCAUCAGGAGAAAGGUUGAGGACAACGUAGAUUAUACGGUAGCCUCGGCACAGAAAGAUGUGAAGACCUUAUUGAAAGUAGAUGUGCCAUACAAAAGGGCGUGGCACGGGAGGAGGAAAGCCAUAGAAGCGGUCUAUGGUGAUUGGACCUCCAAUUUCGAAGAACUUCCACGGUAUAUCGCUGCGCUUAAGUUUACUAAUCCUGAGACUGUAGUAGAGUGGGAAUGGAAGGAGGGACAAGAAGGUGAUGGUGGGCACUUUCUUUGCCUCCGCCACGUUCGCAGCAAUUUUGUGUCGCGAUAUAAUAGCAAAAAGGUGAAGCGGUUAUGUUGGAAGAUGGGCACGACGCUUUCAAGAGUGAAAUACAACCGUAUGAGGGCAGAGCUUAUUGAAUUCAAACCUGCUGCAUGGGAGUAUCUUCGAGGGAUUGGGGGGAGUAACUGGGCUCGAUUGAAAGCCGGUCUUCGCCGUUGGGGCAUAGCGACAACCAACAUUUCUGAGAGUUACAACAAUGCGUUGAAAGGGAUCCGUUUUUUACCAAUUAGAGCCUUGAUCGAUGCAACCUUUCGCAAAACUGUUAAAUUCUAUAGAGAAGAACAAUUGUCUGCGAGAAAUUGCAUGACACCGAUCCCUCCUGAGUUAUGGAAAAAAUACGAGAAAAUGAAUGAUAAAGCAGCCAGCUUUGAAGCCACCCUUUCGAUGGUGAUGAUGCUAUGUGGCGUGUUGUUACGCCACACGCCUAAGUGGCAGGGGAUUGAAAUGGCGACGCCGGCAUCGGGCUCCCAAUAUGACUAUCAACCUAAACAUCUUCACCCGGGACCUAUACAAGAUAAAAUGCUAUAUCGUCAAACAAAGCAUAGGUCCCAAGCUGUCUAUGAGAACAGGAUACCGGACAUUAAGACAUUCCGCCUCAAGGGCCGUAGGUGGGAAUGUAGGUACACGUACGGCGACGCCCCAAGGAGCAGCACUCCACCUUUUAGAGAUCAAUUAACAAGUCUGCGUGUUGAAGAUUUUCAGUGGCAACCAUAUGCACAUGUCCUCCAUAGACUCCCUGAUUUCUGUACACAAGGCCAAGCCAUUUGGACGACUAGUAUGUCUGGGUAUCCUAGCAAUAAUUGGGAGGAUCACCAUUCCGCAGUACGCCGUCAUUGGAAUAGGAGAGAAGAGUUCGUGCUACGAGAUUUGGAGGAAGGAGAUCCUGGUUCCGUAUAUGAGGGGUACUAUGAAUGGUUCAUGGUGAACACUGUCAGAUUGAUAUCCAAUCCCGGUAAUUAUGAACCUCAAGGAUAUGAGACUUCUUCGAGCCGCGUGAAAUUAUAUGAUGAAGUAUUGAACAACAUUCGCGAGAGUACCGAGAGGUUUAGAGAAAAACGAGAAGAUGAUAAUCUCCUAGACGAAGAACUUGACAAGCAUUUGGACGAUAUCAUCAAUCAAACUCAUACUGCUUUAACCUUGGGCGCAAAUGAUGAGAUGGAGGUGGAUGAUACCCAAAUCCUGGUUGAUGAAGAUCCAUUUUUGCCCUCACAAUCUCCGCCGGGAAAAAAAGCGAAACCGUGGUCAAGAGAUAAGAUUGGAGGAGGAAGAAAGAGAAAGGUCACAAUCCCCCCUCGGAAAUCGCAACAACAAACUGAGGGUCAACAAAAUGAGGAUCAAGCACAUUCCUCUCGAGGCUCGCGCAUCCAGGUCGAGACUCAUUUUGAAGAAGCUGGUGGACCCGAGACUCAGUUUGACAUUGGUGGACCCGAGACUCGGUUUGACAUUGGUGGACUGAGACUCGGUUUGGUGGACAAUGCAACCACAACCGGAUUUGCAUUGGCUGCUGGAAAUCGAAUACUGCGUCUUCCUGGUUUUGAAGGCCCACUACCUUUUGAGCUGGAAACUGGGUACACUGGAGUUGGCAAGUCAGAGGAUGUGCAGCUCUUCCACUAUUUCGUUAGAUCUCAAUCAAAUAAUCCAGAUAAGGAUCCUCUCUUGGUUUGGAUAAAUGGAGGGCCUGGAUGUAGUGCUUUACUUGGAUUUCUCUUUGAGAUUGGACCCGUAAUGUUUGAGGCUACAAAAGAGUACACUAAUGACAUUCCUAGGUUGGUAUUGAAUCCCAAUGCAUGGACACAGGUGGCAAACAUAAUUUUUCUAGAUUUGCCAGUUGGCACUGGAUUUUCAUAUGCAAGAACUCCAGAAGCUCUUCACCUUACUGAUCUAGAAUCACGUGAUCAAGCUUAUGAGUUUCUUAAGAAGUUCCUGGUGGAUCACCCUGACCUCGCAACAAAUGAGUUCUAUAUUGCUGGAGACUCAUUUUCAGGACUAAUUGUCCCGUUGCUUGCGCGAGCUAUAUCUGACGGAAAUGAAGGAGUAGAGCCAUCUAUUAAUCUUAAGGGUUACUUGCUUGGGAACCCUGUAACACGCAGCCCUGCUGAAAGUAGCUUUGUAGUUCCAUUUGCUCACAGGAUGGGGCUAAUUCCUGAUGAACUACACGAGGCUGUGCAAAAGAACUGCAAAGGAGAUGAUUAUUUCAGUAUGGCUAAAAACAAUACUCCAUGCUACUAUAAUAUGGUAGAUUUUAACAAGACGGUUGAAAAUAUCGAGUAUCCAAAUAUUUUAGAAGCUCAUUGUCCCUAUGCUGAUGCGGUUAUGCUAAAAAUGUUCUACAAAGGAGGAGGCAAGUCUGUUGGUGACAAUUUGAUUGAGCUGAAUAGGCAUCGUGGGUAUAAAUUUCGUUGUGACGGUUACAGGUUGAUGGCAUAUUGGUGCAACCAGGAUAUCAUUCGAGAGGCACUUCGUAUCCGCGAGGGGACGAGGGCUCAUUGGGUUAGAUGCAAUCUUAGCUUGCCCUACGAUGUAAAAGUUCGGAAUAGUGUACCCUACCAUGCAUAUCUUAGCAAGAAAGGGUACAGAUCACUAAUUUACAGUGGCGAUCACGAUAUGUUUGUACCGUAUACUGCAACUGAAUAUUGGAUAAAGUCUCUCAAUUACAGCAUUGUUGAGGAGUGGCGACCUUGGAAUUAUGACGGCCAAGUUGCUGGUUUUACUAGGACCUAUGCGAACAACAUGACUUUUGCCACGGUGAAGGGUGGUGGGCAUACUGCUCCAGAGUACAAGCCGAAGCAAUGCAAUGCCAUGUUUAAAAGAUGGAUCCACAAUGAACCUCUUUAA